AUGACUAUUGAGUAUUCACAAUACUUCGUAGCACAUGUAGUGCCCAAAUUGUUUGACCUAGCCGAGCCAAUUCCUACGUUGGAUGAUGGUGAGGAGGACAAGCCAAAAGUGGGAGGAACUCGACAUCACAUAGAUGAUGAUGACAAUGAUGAGGAGGGUGGGGGUGGAGGCAGAUCGGGUGGAGUAGGUGUAGGUGGUGCUGGUGGGAUAGGAAAAAUUCUACAAUCACCAGCUACUCUAGUAAUCACAAAGUUAACCAAUAAGGAGGAAGAAAUAGUUGAACCAACCCUAGUUUUGACACCUAAUGAUCCUAAGGAUCCAGACCCUCCAUUCCCUCAAAUAUUGGCUCAACCAAAAUCUGUUCCUGAGCCAACAUUUUAUUUUCUAGAUCAGCUUAAGCAAGUCUCCAUAAAAUUUCCUCUUUUCCAGGCCAUUAAGGAUAUACCUAUAUAUAGCAAAGUUCUUAGGGAAGCUUGUUUAAAGAAAGUUGGAUGGAAGAAAAAAGACCCUACAAUAGUUCAUGCUUUGGGUAAACUAGCUAACACCAUGCUGGGAAAUGUGAUCAUGCCUAAGUAUUUAGAUCCUGGUAGUCCAAUUGUUUCAAUUAUGAUAAAUGGAGUCAUGAUUCAAAAUGCUCUAAUAGACUUAGGAGCUACUAUUAAUGUAAUGACCAAGGAGAUUGUGCAAAUUCUAAAUUUGGCCCAUAUAAGACCUACUCAUACAAUUCUCCAAUUAGCUGAUAGUUUUACAGUUAAACCAUAUGGUAUCAUAGAAGACAUUGUGGUAACUCUUGAAUCUUGGGAGUAUCCUACUGAUUUUAUGAUUCUAUCACCUAAGACUACUUUGGGAGGUUAUCUAGUUAUUUUGGGAAGGCCUUGGUUGGCUACUGUAGAUGCUUAUAUUGGUUGCAGAUCUAGGAACAUGACUAUUUUAAAUGGAGAUAGUACAAAAAAUUGA